AUGAAGGGUGGUCCCACCAAGCCUUCACUACGGCCAAUUCUCGGCGCAGCGCACAGAGAGGGGACACAAGAACCCACAGCUGCACGGCCUCAAAUCGUUCGUAACCCUAGGUAUGAUGAACCAGGAAACGUACCUCAACAAGUUCAUGGUCCCACCGGGGUGCGCGGAGAGUGGACGACCCCGCCGUCAAACCUAGAUGCUGGUGGUGAACGUGGCGAAUGGAGGCAUGGCUCUUCAUACAACCCGGUUCCACCCACUCCGCAGAGGGAACGACCCACAGACGCCCAAGGCUUGGACGGCUGGCACCGUGACACCCUACGAAGUUUGCCACAGCGGCCAGAGAACGUACAAAUGCCAGGAAACGGCGGAAAUUUGCCCCACAGGCCAACCAUCGUGCCGUUCAGCAGGGAGCCCCCCGACCUUACCGGAUUUAUCCAAAAAAUCGGCCAAUAUCCAGACAGGCUGGGUGGCUUUGCUGAUGUGUGGCGAUGCACAAGUUCCAGGACGGGUAACGGCCAAGGAAGGGAAUUGGUCGCUGUCAAAUGCAUUAGAUUACUAGGAGGCGAUCAGAGCCAGCAGGAAGUUGAGAGAGUCAUCAGGCGAUUUCGAGGUGAGGUAUACGUAUGGGUGACGUUAGCUCCACAUGAGCAUGUCUUGCCUCUCCGUGGCACGGUGAAUGGGUUUGGGCACCUACCUGCACUCGUAUCUCCAUGGGCGGAAAAUGGUACGUUGACCGACUACGUGGGGCGCAACCACAGACAGCUGUCCUACGGUAGGAGACUCAAGAUUAUUCUCCAAGUGAUAUCCGGAUUGCAACACCUCCACUUCAGUAACAUCUGUCACGGUGAUCUCACUGGAUCCAAUAUAUUAAUCGAUAGGAAUGGGGACGUACUCAUAUCCGACUUUGGACUUUCCUCGGUGGUCGCCGAGUUCAACCAAACGAGUUAUUUCAACUCCUGCAGACCAGGUGCAGUGCGAUGGAUAGAUCCCGAAUUCUUCAUCGACUCGGUGGACAGAACCGAUGGUUCAUUCCCUACCGCGCGCAUCACGAACGACAUAUACUCAAUGGGUUGUAUAAUGCUGCAGAUCUUGACUGGCUUGAUUCCAUAUCAUGACAAGAACGACUGGGCGGUACAGCUCGCGAAAUACAGCAGGCAAAAUCCGACGAUUCCGCCUACGGUGUCGCGAACUUUUGCGAACUUGAUGGAGGGCUGCUGGGACGGCAAUCGCCAUGAACGUCCAAGGCUGGGUGAGAUCAAAGGGG